AGUAGAGAGCUUUUCCAAGAAAUUGCGAAAGAAUCAUAUCUCCACGGACUGUGUAUGCAUAACGUAUCUACUUGUUCUUCUGCGAGUGCAUUUCAGAUACUUUUUUCGAUUUUGUUCCACGUUGAUCGUGUAUGAAGCGCAUGCUCAGAUUACCAAACGGUGCAGUUUUUGCUUUAUCGAGGAAUACAGAGAUUGACUUUCAGAGGAUUUUAAAGGUAUAAACAUGACCACUUCAUGGAGCGACAGACUGCAGAACUAUGCAGACCUUCCAGCCAACAUGGACGGGCUGGCCAUGAAGAAGUACCGCAGAGAGGCUUACCAUAGAGUUUUUGUUAACAGAAGCUUGGCCAUGGAGAAGAUUAAAUGCUUUGGCUUCGAUAUGGAUUACACUCUAGCCGUGUACAAGUCUCCAGAGUACGAGUCCCUGGGCUUUGAGCUGACCGUGGAGCGCCUGGUCCACAUCGGUUACCCCCAGGAGCUGCUCAGCUUCGUCUACGACCCCGCCUUCCCCACCAGAGGCCUGGUGUUUGACACCCUGUAUGGGAACCUGUUAAAGGUGGACGCCUACGGCAACAUCCUGGUCUGUGUCCACGGUUUCAAUUUCCUACGAGGACCUGAAAUACGGGAGCUAUACCCGAACAAGUUCAUCCAACGUGACGAUACUGAACGUUUCUAUAUCCUCAACACUCUCUUCAACUUACCAGAGACCUACCUCUUUGCCUGCCUCGUGGACUUCUUCUCAAACUGUGACAGAUAUGCAAGCUGUGAGACUGGCUUUAAAGAUGGCGACCUCUUCAUGUCCUUCAAGAGCAUGUUCCAGGACAUCCGCGACGCCGUCGACUGGGUCCACUUCAAGGGCACCCUGAAGGAAAAGACAGUAGAGAACCUUGAAAAGUACGUAGUGAGAGACGCAAAGCUGCCUCUCCUGCUGAGUAGAAUGAAUGAAGUAGCCAAGGUGUUCCUGGCCACCAACAGUGACUACAAAUACACACACAAGAUCAUGACAUACCUGUUUGACUUCCCCCACGGCCCAAAGCACGGGACAUCCCACCGGCCGUGGCAGUCCUACUUUGACCUGAUUCUGGUGGACGCCAGGAAGCCUCUGUUCUUUGGAGAGGGAACGGUGCUCCGACAAGUCGACACAACGACAGGGCGGCUGAAGAUCGGGACCUACACCGGACCCCUGCACCAUGGCAUCGUCUACUCUGGAGGUUCUUCUGACAUCGUGUGUGACCUGCUGGGGGCCAAGGGGAAGGACAUCGUCUACAUCGGAGACCACAUUUUCGGGGACAUCCUCAAGUCCAAGAAACGCCAGGGUUGGAGGACCUUCCUCGUCAUCCCCGAGCUGGCCCAGGAGUUGCAUGUCUGGACUGACAAGAGCUCGUUAUUCGAGGAAUUGCAGGGCCUGGACAUUUUCUUGGCAGAGCUCUACAAGCAUCUGGACAGCAGUAGUAAUGAGAGACCUGACAUCAGUGCUCUCCAGAGAAGGGUCAAGAAAGUGACCCAUGACAUGGACAUGUGCUACGGCAUGAUGGGUAGUCUGUUCAGGUCUGGCUCCAGACAGACUCUGUUUGCCUCUCAGGUGAUGCGCUAUGCUGACCUGUACGCUGCCUCCUUCAUCAACCUCCUGUACUAUCCCUUCAGCUACCUGUUCAGAGCUGCUCACGUACUGAUGCCCCAUGAGUCAACGGUGGAGCACGCACACAUCGACACGGACACCGAGUCCCCCCUGGCCACGCGCAACCGCCACUGCACUGAGAGCAAGGACCUGGAGUGCUGUAGCAACAAGAACCGCAGCCAGCUGACCCGGUCCAUCAGUGAGAUCAAACCCCCCAACAUGUUCCCCCAGACCCCCCAGGAGAUCACCCACUGCCACGAUGAAGACGACGAUGAGGAGGAGGAAGAGUAGAUGGGAGGAGGUGUGAUGGCGUGACCCGAACCAGGCUUGAUUCCUUCCUAGGAGGAGGAAGAGGGAGAGGAGUGAAAAACCGUCUUGAUUCCUUCCUGAUGUUUCCCUGAGGGGGUUUUAGAGUAUAAAUACUUCUAGGAAGAUAUAAACUAUAAUGUACUCUAUAGUCCACAGUAAGAGUCAAUGUAGGAUACAUUGGAAUGAGGGAGGAGGGGAUAUGGCCAGCGUAGUGUAUCUAUAGGAGAUUUAUAUAGAGAGAAAUGAAGCUACGUUUUAUACUAGAGAUGUAUCAGGAUAUUAAGGUUUUAUGAAUCAGAUCAGUCAACUGUAUGUUACUACAGUACCCGUUGCUGCUCGGUUCUCCAAAAACGUUGCCCCCGUGCCCACCCCUUUUCAAGUUUUACGUUUUCAAUGCUUGUUGUUUUUUCUAUGGAUUUUUAUGAUGAAAUGGGAAAAGGUUGACUUGAAGUUGGCAAAUUUUAAUUUUUUUAACAUUUAUUUUUUAUUUUUAAGUUGGAACUAAAACAGUUUUUUACGGCAUAGGAUGUUGUAGCAGACAAAUAUACAUGAAUACACACAAGAAGCAAAUAUUACGAACACUACUUUUCUCUGUACUGACCUUAGUGUCUGGUCAUAGAGAAUAAUUCCCUGUGUGUGUUUACAUAGUCUACCAUAAUGCAGGCACCAUACUGUAGUUUGAAUGUGAAGCACUAAGAUGGAAUAGCCUUUGCCAAACAGUAUGUACAGUACUGUAUAUAAACUCUAUAUACUGUUUUGCUGUUCUCCUUUUGAAAUGAAAGUGUUCUAGCCUUUUGCUGUACUGGUGUUGACGCGUAUCGAGCAGCACGGCAAUCCAAAAACAUGGUCCAAAAAAUGUAUUUCUCACUGGUUGUUAUUUUGGUCUUUUUUUUUUUUGCAGUAUAAUUCCUCCCGUCGUGACCCUGCAUAACACAGCUUGUGUGUGUGUGUGUGUGUGUCCGGCCUUGGCCAAUCAAAAGUCCAGUUUGUGUCGUCCUGAGCGACUGUAACCAAGGCAUCCAUAAUUGUACUAAAGAACAGUGUGGUGUAUGUUUUGGGUUACACAAAGCACAAGUCUGAUUGUGGUUAACUAAUUGUCAAUAUUAGCUGGAUAUGCCAUGAAACGUGCUGUCUAUUUAAAGUAUGGUGCACAUAAUGUAAUCUGUGAUUCUGUGUGGUUAAUUUCAACUGACGUUUUGAAAUGCAUGAAAUGUUGUUUCUAGGCAACCGUGUGUACAGGGUAUCGAUUAUGCUGCCUCUGUACAGAUGGGGUCUAUGGCAACUGUGGACGGUCACAUAGGCCUAAUGCUAUUGAGAGGCUGUGACCCAGUAUUACUGUUCUCAUACAUGAUACUGUAAAAAGCAAGACAUUCAUCAUGCAAAAUACCAUUACAUUUUUUUUUUCUCCUGUAGGAUGAUAUGAGAUAGCGAAACCUGCAACAUUGUUACACUAUGUGCAACUAACAUGCAGUAGUAGUUUUACCUUUUUUUACUCAGCUUGGAGUUGUUCGUUAGGUGUUCUCUUGAUUAUUACAUUGUAACAGUUGUAUUUUUCAUCGCAUAGAACCGCUUUAGUUAGAACUGUCAUUCACCCCUACCUAACCAAACCCUCAUAUUCCAUGUGUGAUAAUUAUGGUCGGGUGUUUCCUAGUAAUUCUUUGCAGUUAACAUAAAGAGUACAGUAUGUUAUAGGAACAGACCUGGGUUCAAGUACUAUUUAAAAUGUUUCAGAAACUUUAGCCUGCUUGGAGUGCCAGGUGGGCAGAGUUGAACAUUUGUGAACAUUUUUCUGGUUCCAUUGCUCCAGGCAAGCUCAGUCAAGCCCCAAUAAAGUAUAUGAAAUGAUUUUGAAUAGUAUUUGAACCCAGGUCUGAUGUACAGUAGGCCUUGAUAUUGAAAAAGGAAAUCCAGGUCAGCCUGGGUGCUGUGACGUGUGGCACUGUGUAGGCCUUGAGAAUGCACGGGUACCAGACAAGGAACCAACGCCUCGGCGAGAGGGCGUUUGUGUCUGACCGCCCCCAGAGAGGUUAGGUUGGGCCUGGGAAAAGGACAAGGGGUGCCCUCCUGACUGAUGGGAAUAGGUUGUAGACUCACCCUAGCAGGAAGAUGUAUAAAGGACUAUAGCUACAGUAUUCUGGAAUUUGUUGGAUCACUUAGGGGUAAAAAAAACACUGAAUGAUACAAAGAAGCACCUGAUAUUUCCCACCAGGGUUGCAUUUGCUGUCUCCGAACAUGAGCAAACCUUUUAAAAAGGUGGAAAUCGCAAUUGUUGAUUAGGCCCACAAUUCCACUGAAACGUUGAGAUACUUAAAAAAAAAAAUGUUACUGGAAAAUAUUACCGAUUUGCUUAAUAUUAAACUUUCCUGUUUAGCAACGGGAAUGCUUAGCAUUUUCAGUUGUGUCCUAAUGAACAUGACCCAGAUGGUAUGCAGUGCGGAGGGCAGGAAGAGGUUAUCUGCAAUAUCGUAUGUGUAUGCUAUGUAAAACAUGCGCAUCGCUUUAUUUCUAAGGCAUGUAGUUGUGUAGCUAGAGGUUUUGAUUGGCCUGUUGAUUUGAGCUGAUGAAGGGAAGACCAAUAGCAGGUCUCUGUUUGUAACCUGGUGUUGUUUGCCGAGGCAAGUAGUAAAAAGGGGAAUGUGGGUUCAACUGGGGAUCUUUAAAACAGAUUCUACUCUUACUAAAAUUGUUACAGAGCAAAUAUAUAGUGGUUCAAUAUUUUAUUACUCUAUGAAAAAAAGUAUAUCUUUUUAAGUAUUGAUUUAACUGGAAAUACCACAGAAACACCUGAGGCAGCUGUGUUCUUCACCUGGUUGGUUACUCGUUGUUUUGGUCUCGUUACUGAAGAAUUCAUAAUAAAGCUUGGUCGUUGGGAGGAAAAUUUGAAGUCCUUUUCUAUCAAAACACUUUACAAUACAUUUAUUUUCUAUGCAAUGACGCAGUACAGUGCAUUAUACGUGUAAACUAACUUACUAAAAGGCUGGCCAAUGCAAGCAAAUGGCUUACGUCAAAGUUUGAUAACUGUAUGGCUACAAUUAGGUUAGGGCUACAACUGAUAUGUGGAGCGAAAAGAAAACAUGUCCGUCUGGACACAAGUUCUACAAGGUCAUCUGUGUGGUAACAAUUGUACACUAAUAAUAAUAAUAAUAAUAAUAAUAAUAAUAAGAUUAAUAAUAGCCUUGCAGACCGAUAUGCUGAACAAUAGGUGAUGUUGAAGAGCAUGUAUUUACCGUACAUCAGACACCUUACUCAACAACACCUUGGUUUUGCUGUUUAUUUGUUUUUUCUAACCAGUGUUUUCAGAUUCUUAGUUUACAACGUUGUAUAUAAUAUAUGCAUUUCCAUGUGGAAGAAAUGUUCCUUAAAUUCUUUAAUUUUUUUUCUUUGUUUUUGGCAUUUUUCUGGUUUCAGACAUGUUUUUGUACUAUAACGGCUUCCGUGAGGAUGUCUGAGCGAGCGAAACAUGGCGAACAGGUUAAUGCCACCAUCCAUUUAUACAAUUUGUCCAUUUAUACAAAAUUUCAACAAUUGCAGACCGAGCGUGACAACUAUCACGCAUUCACUUCUUUGUUUCGUGCAUUUACUUGGAUGUUCCUCAGAGCGUUUUGUUUCCAGAGUUAUUAUAUAAUGUGUCCAUUGGGGAAAUGACAUUUAUAUGUACAAUAAAAGCUAAUUUUCCAUAAUAA